CACGCCCCAGCCCACGUGACUGGGGAGCACUCCUGACCUGGAGCAGGCUCUGCACACUUGGAGACAAUUGGCAGAUCGCACACUUCAGGUCAGCCGUGCCCGUGAACAUUUGUGGAAUCCAAGCUGCAGUCACAGAGGCAGGGACAGAGCAGGCAGCAGACGCCAUGGAGUCCCCUUCAGCCCCUGCCCACAGAGGGCGUGUCCCCUGGCAGGGGCUCCUUCUAGCGGUCUGGCUGUUAACCUUCAGGAGCCCGCCCACCACUGCCCAAUUCACUGUUGUGUCGAUCAAUGCCACUGAAGGGGAGGAUGUGCUUCUCCUUGUCCUCAAUUUGCCUGAAAAUCUUGUAGGCUAUACCUGGUACAAAGGGGAAACUACAGACAACAACCGUGUAAUUGCAUCAUAUGUAAUACAGACUCAGAAAUUGACCCCCGGGUCUGCACACAGCGGUCGAGAGACCAUAUACAACAAUGGAUCCCUGCUGUUCCGGAACGUCACCCUGAAUGACACAGGAUACUACACCAUGCAAGCUCUAGAGGAAAGUUUGCAGGGUAACAAAACAACUGGACAGCUCCGUGUGUACCUGGAGUUACCCAAACCCAACGUCACAAGCAACAACUCCAGUCCUGAGGAGCACAAGGACCCUGUCCUGUUAACGUGUGAACCUCACACUGAGGACACCACCUACCUGUGGCUGAUCAACAAUCAGAGCCUCCAGGACAGUGCCAGGCUGGAGCUGUCCACAGACAACAGGACUCUCACUUUGCUCAAUGUCACGAGGAAUGACACAGGACCCUAUGAGUGUGAAACCCGGAACCCAGUGAGUGCUGGCCACAGUGACCCCUUCACUCUGAAUGUUCUCUAUGGCCCGGACACCCCCUCCAUUUUUCCCUUGGACUCCCAUUACCCACCAGGGGCAAACCUCAACCUCUCCUGCUAUGCAGCCUCUAACCCACCUGCACAGUAUUCCUGGCUUAUCAAUGGGAGGCCUCAGCAACCCACACAGCAGCUCUUCAUCCUCAAUAUCACUGCAAAUGACAGUGGAUCCUACACCUGCCUCGCCCAUAACUCUGUCACUGGCCUCAAUACGACCACAGUCAAGAAUAUCACAGUGACUGUGGAGUUACCCAAACCCAACGUCACAAGCAACAACUCCAGUCCUGAGGAGCACAAGGACCCUGUCCUGUUAACGUGUGAACCUCACACUGAGGACACCACCUACCUGUGGCUGAUCAACAAUCAGAGCCUCCAGGACAGUGCCAGGCUGGAGCUGUCCACAGACAACAGGACUCUCACUUUGCUCCAUGUCACGAGGAAUGACACAGGUCCCUAUGAGUGUGAAACCCGGAACCCAGUGAGUGUUGGCCACAGUGACCCCUUCACUCUGAAUGUUCUCUAUGGCCCGGACACCCCCUCCAUUUUUCCCUUGGACUCCCAUUACCCACCAGGGGCAAACCUCAGCCUCUCCUGCUAUGCAGCCUCUAACCCACCUGCACAGUAUUUUUGGCUUAUCAAUGGGAGGCCUCAGCAACCCACACAGGAGCUCUUUAUCCCCAACAUCACUGCAAAUGACAGUGGAUCCUACACCUGCCUCGCCCAUAACUCUGUCACUGGCCUCAAUACGACCACAGUCAAGAAUAUCACAGUGACUGCUGAUUCAACACCAUUAACUCCUGGCCUCUCAGGUGGAGCCAUAGUCGGCAUCGUGAUUGGGGUCCUGGCCGUGGUAGCUUUGAUAGCAGCCCUGGUGUACUUUCUGUAUAUCAGGAAGACUGGAGGGGCAAGCGACCAGCAGGAUGUCACAGAGCACAAACCCUCAGCCUCCAACCACAGUCAGGACCAUUCUGAGAACUCACCUAACAAGAUUCAUGAAGUUACAUAUUCUUCCCUGAACUUCAACGCCCAGGGAGCAAAGAAACCAACUUCAGCCUCCCCAUCCCCAGUAGCCACAGAAAUGAUUUAUUCAGAAGUGAAAAAGAAGUAAUGCAACCUGCCCUGCUUGCCGCACUGCUGGCUUACCCCAAGCUUCUCAUCCCCAUAACCAGGAGAUCCCUUUACUCUCAGGAAAAAGAAGAAGCCUCUUUCCCCAUGACCUUUUCACUUCCUCUUGCUGCAGCACCUCCAGGCUCCUGGUCACAGCCCCUCCCUUCCAUGUUUACAGAUGAAAAAGCACAUCCGGGUCUGUAGGAAGCCCAGCCUUCUCUGUCAUUGAAAUUUGGCAAACCAGACCUUGGGAGAGAGUUGCCAGAAUCUGCUGCCCCUCCCCACUUUCUGACCUAGACUUGUUCUACACUUACCUACUCAGCGCACACUCGUUCCUUUCUGCCUUAGUCCCGCUGGCCAUAACCUUGAGAGUUAUGCCCUUAUCCACUGAAAUGCAUGUGCCACAGAAGAAGAGAGAGAAAAAGUAGAAGCUUCUCUUCUCUCUCCAAAACCCAGUGUGAACCCACCACACACAGGAAAACAAAUGUGUAACCAGUUCUCAACAGAAAAGGUCUAUACCUUUGCCUGUUGUCAAGGUGUCUACCAGUAGGACCAGAGUCCAAACACCUUGCCGCUUGGCUAGAAUACCACCUGAGUCCUUUGGCAAACCUGUCUUCAGAGAACUCACCAAAAAAAUGCAUGUAUAUUUUCAUAACUUCAAGUGUUUUUAUUCAAGGAAAUGUCUACAGAUGGAGGAGGUUGCAGUUUUAGGGGGAAGUCAGCUCCCAAUAGAGAUGAUCUGAAAAUUUCAGAAAGCAAUCAGAGGUUCCUUUUAGAGGUUAUUUAAAUAAUUAUAAGGAACAUAUAAUUUGGGAUAUUGGGGCUUUUCCUGUUUCUCUGAAACAUUAUGCCAUUUUAACUUUUGUAACUUCUUAUUUAUGUGAAAGGGGUUAUUUUUACUUGGCUUUGCUGUGUGAACCAACCUGAGGGCCAUAAGGUGAAAGAAGCCACCAGAAUCCCUCAGGACCCUUUGGCCAGGAGUUUCUCGAGGCUGAUACUUCAGGGGCUCCAGACAAAAAGCAGAAUCAGUUUCUUCAUUCUCAGCUAGAAGCGGGUCUGUCAGUUUCCAGGCACCUCAGGCCCACCAUCAACCACCAUUCAGUUCCAAGUUCCUGCCUGUGCAUGUUGUCACUUUCUCAGGGAACCCUGGCUUCUGCUCAGGGGUACUUGGACCUCGAGGAGAGGGCGCCCUGAUGCAAGCACUGUCACUCACGCUGUUGACACGGUUUACAAGCCAGAGAGCUGCCCUGGUGCUGAUGCUCCCAAGGACACAAGGGAGGAUCACACUGGGCUCCAGGCUCCUGGAGCAGCCUCUGAAGUCUGUUUCCUCCCAUGGGAGAGAUAUGCCAGAAUAAAGACGAAGAACAGGGAGAGGCAGAUGUACUGCACUCCCAGACUUAUGCACAUGUGACUCUCUCUGAGGCUGCUGAGAAAGGGUUUCUUCGAUGUGGAUUACUCACACUGUGUAUAAGAGGCCCCGCCAAGAGGGUUAGGUGGGAGUUCUCUGUGCCCAGGUACCUCUUUCAGGGUUUGCUAACCCUGACACCGACCACAUGUACUUACCCUCAUCUACGAUAUUCUGUGUUAUUUAACUUUGCCUGGCUGAGGCCGCUUUCAAAUUAUUUGUAAAAUUUGUUUUCUAUUUAUAAUAAAUAAAUCAUAUAUCAGACAUCAA